UUUGGUUAGGAAAGAAGAGUUACUCCCCUUAGGAUACCUCUUUCCGAAAAUGGCAGACACUUGCAGAGAGAAGGGUAGCAAUGGACGACCUAGCACUGUAAUUAUAAGGGAGCCAGAUGAAGAAGGAGGUGGUGGUAUAAGAGACUGUGAGCUUGAACUGGAGAGAGCUUCAGAAGCUGAAACAAAGACAAUUAUUAUUGAGACCUGUAAACUUGGUGAUGUGACAGCACGAUGGAUAAGAGUUGGAAACUGUCUGCAUAAAACAACAGUUGUGUCUGGGGUCAUCUCUAUGGGCUGCAUGUAUUUCUAUCCAAGCCACAGCUAUAUUUAUUUACCACUUGGACUGGCCAGUGUUACCUUUGCUGGAGUGUAUGCUGUUUCUUGGCAGUUUGAUCCUUUCUGUAAAUACCAAGUGGAACACAAUGUGCACAGACUUGAGAAACUUCCUCUGCACAAUAUUGCCUCCAGUACACCAGUAGUGCUGAUUUUCCGUGAUGACUACCGACGCAAGGUUCUACAUAAUUUUGUAGCAUUGGCAGCAACAGGACUUUGUGCAUGGAAAAUCUACAAAUUGUUCAUCGAGUGAUCAUUCGAUACUCAGAACGUGUAGUUAAAACCUUUUUAAAAGACUUUCAAAUCCAGUCAGAUAAAGUGCUUUGUAUCAUUAAUAUCUUAAUUUGUAUGUUAGAGUGUAUUACAUUUAAAUAAAAUCACAAAUGAA